AUGAGCAAAAAUUAUAUUGGCCGUGACGUUCUCGUUUCUUAUUUAAGAGAACAAAAAAAACCAUCAUACCGCGGAUUUCUGGCUCUUUAUCAGGACGAAAUUAUAACUUCGCCUCCAUUUUUAGAUAAUUGGAGCCGUACUGAUAAGAUUUGGGCCGGUCGAUUUCUGAAAGCUUCUGAAGAACAUGAAGAAAGUAAUUAUGAAGAUAUGAAGAAGAAGGUAGAUUCAGAACGUUCCGGUGAUGGUUUGAAAAAUUAUUGGGAAAAGAUAAUUGAGGAACGUGAAAGGCGUGAAAGGAAUCACACUAUAAAACGAAAGACUGAAGAUAAAGAAAAUGUUCACGCAUGGACAAAAAGAAAGAUUUCCUCACCUCCAGAAAAGGCAUCAUCUUUUUCUUCAAUUCAGGUUACUUUAUCUUCCAUUCUUUCAGAAGAGAUCUCUCUAUCAACUGUUAUAUGCAAUACUUUACCAAAUCUCAUCUAUCUUGAGUUACGUGGUAAGUCAAAUUCAAGUACCGAGUCCACUGAGCAACGAUUUCCCGAUGAGAUCACAAAUUGGGUGGGGUUUGAACAGGAAGUAAGAGCUUGGAAGCCAGAGGAGGAUAUUAAAUAUCCAACACCAACGUUCAGUAAGUGUCGGAAAGUCACUUGCGAAAAGGACAUUUGGACUGCAUCAGAUAUUAAUAUAUUUGAUGCAUUAACACCAUUGGAUCAAUCCAUUCUUUUUUUGGAUGGUCGUGCCUUAAAGGAUACUAUCGGACAACCAGAUUUUGUUGUAGUAAAUGGUAACAUGUUACUACUUGUGGCUUGGGAAUGCAAACCUAAGUGGGUUUUGCAAGUACCCCAAAAUGAGGAUAUUAUCUCCCUCUACUAUCAGGAGAAGAAAGAACGAGAAGGGACAUUAGUUUAUUCAAAAGAUACCUCAGUAUUUGACCCCAUAAAUCAGAUAUAUGGCUAUAUGUGUGCCAAUAGUUUGAGGUAUGGCGUUCUUUCAACGUAUGACCAAACGUGGUUCCUUAAAAGGAGAGUAUAUAAAGUAGAGGAAGAAAACUAUGGAUUAUUAAGUAUAUCGGGCUUUAUUAAAAACACAUCAACGGACCCUACAUUACUUAGAUCCGUCGCUUACAUUAUCAACCUCGCCUCUAAUGAUCGUUAUGCACCCUUCCUUAAUAAACCCAUAAUGAUUACUAACGAUACCAAUGAAGGUGAUGAAGUUGAUGAUGAAUCUUCUGACGACGGAGACUUUAAGGCAGGCUACUAG